AUGUGUGAUUUCAAGUCUAUUAUUGACCCUUUUCGAUUUCGUUUGGUUUCUCGUCGUCAAAAAAUAUCUACCAUGAAGCUUGAUCAAAUAUCCAUCACCGAGAUAUUGGAUGGUUUAAAGAAAGGAUGUUUCUCAAGGCUCGUUGAUGCCCAUAAUGACUUCUUUGUCGUAUCACUAACGGUAAUGAAGACUUACAUCAAACGUAUGGAGCAAGUCAAUUCAAUUGUCUGUGUUGUCAGUGAGAUCAAUCGAAAGGCCAUUGACGUUGCUAGAGAAAAGGAUGAAGAACGGUCUCGUGGCUUGGCUCAAGGAAGUCUUCAUGGAGUACCGUUCUUGAUCAAGAACUUGUUCUUCACGACAGACGGCCUCAAGACCACUUUUGGCUGCACCGGACUCAUCGAAGCUACCCCAAGUAUUGAAGCAACAACAAUUCUUAAACUUCGUGAACAAGGUGCAAUCAUAUUGGGAGUUGCAAAUGGCUCACAAUGGGCCAAUAAUCGAUGUACUCCUGGUUGGUCUGCUGUAGGUGGUCAGUGUUUGGGUGUCUAUCAUAAAGAUCAACACCCCAAAGGUUCAUCAUCCGGUAGUGCUGUUGGAACUGCUUUGGGACUUUGCGCUGCUGCUCUAGGGUCCGAGACCUCUGGUAGCGUCAUAUUACCUGCGCAGAGAUCUGCUGUUGUAGGAAUGAAACCGACGGUAGGAAUGACUUCGAGAUAUGGAAUGUAUAUUUCGAGUGAUAUUCAGGAUACUGUAGGGAUAUUGACGAGGAGCGUAAAGGAUGCAGCACUCGUGUUGACUGUGAUCGCAGGAGGUGAAGAUGAGCAGGAUCCUAUCACCAUUUUCGAUCCUCGAGAUUCGACAUUUUGCCGGAAGCCAAAUAAAAUCAGAGAUUUUACUAAAGCGUGUAACUCUCGCACGUUAGAUGGUGUGCGAAUUGCAAUACCCCGCCAUAUCUUCAAACACGUUGAUCCCACCACCAUCCAUCUUUUCGAAAACGCACUCGAUACAUUGAGAUCCUUAGGAGCCACCAUUGUAGAUCCGACUUCAUAUUCAACGUUCGAUACCGAUAGAUCUUCAUGUACAGGUGACGAAUAUGAUAUCGCUCUGAAAGUAGAUAUAUACCACAAUAUCAAAAAGACCCUCUCUUACUUUUCCCACAAUCCUCAUUCUCUAUACACACUCUCCGAUGUAAUCGACUACACAAACGCCACUCCCGCCAAAGAAGCUAUAAAACGUGGUCUCGGACACUUUGAAUCAGCUCUCGAAGUCGGCGAAAAGUAUGCUAGGGAUAGCGAAGAAUACAGAAAUUCUAUGGCGGAAAGAAAUUAUGUGGGAAGACAAAUACCUAAAUUACUAGAUAAAUUCGACUGCGAUAUGAUAGUCCUACCCACAAAUGUGGCAGUGGAACCAGCGGAUGUAGGAGGUUGUCCGGUGGUGAGUGUACCAAUGGGAUUUUAUCCUCCGGAAACGGAGAUUGUGAGACAGAAUGGAAUGGUGGAGGUGGGACCGGGGAUUCCACUUGGAAUAUCUUUCGUAGGAAGAAGAUGGGAUGAUGAGAAGUUGAUCGGGGUGGCGUAUGCGUAUGAACAGGCUACGAGGUGGAGAGAAAGGGGAAGGAUGGUGGUGAGGUGUGAUGUUGAGGUAUGCGAUAUGGUAGUGCGGGCUCAUAAAUAG